GAGUUCAAAGAGAAGUUCCUGUUGCUUGCGUGAUGCUUUAAGUUCUUGGUUAGGUCCUUUUACAGGUGAGUGAGUGCUAGCAUGGAAAAUUAGAAAUUUCUGAAGGGAGAGCCAACCGAACUUUAUUUUUUUCAACCACUUGAAUUCCUAUCAUAACCAACUUUUCUCUUUUCCAAUGAGAGAGAAGAGUCAACGAGAAGAUUUAGCCUUUGUAGCCGGACAUGUGUUCAAUGCAAUGAAGCUGUAGUUGGAAAGUUUUGGUGUUGUACUACAAAAACCUCGUCUUGUGGAAGUUGUACUUCUUUGCAGUACAUGCAGAGCUGUGCUGAUGGUAAGGCCUGUGGUGCUCAUCCUUCCAUCCUGUAAUGGAAUUUUCAUGGUGUAUUAAAAACAUAUAUAAAUAAAGAUAGUAUCUGGCUGCAAAUGCUGUCAUGUAGGAGUAAUCUUGGUCUAAAGGAGAUUCUCUGACUGACCCAAUAAGGGAAUCGUGUGGUUCUCACAUUUUUUGGUGUGGAACUUAACACUCCUGUGAUUGGAUUUGAAAACCCAAUUGGGUUUUGUGGGUGUUGUAUUGUUAUUUGAGAGGUUCUUGUGAGUCAACGCUCAGAUGCACCACUACCCAUCUGGUGGUUUGUGGGUGUAUAGAUUGAAGAAGGUAGCAAACACUCACGGGCAAUAUAUUGGUCUUUGGAAGUAGAAAUCAAAGAAACAGUUUUGAAUUUUUGUAAGCUUUCCAAAGUUCUGACCUUUUUGUUCUUGAGCAAAGGAGAAGAGAAGAAGAGCAAAGGACUAGGUAGAAGAUUUUGAUAAUUGAAAUGGGGAACAUGAACAAGGAAGAAUCGAAUGAGAUAGAGAACAUUGAGAGAGAGGAUAUCGAAGAGACUCGUGAAGAGACAGAAGACGUGAAGAGAAUUGCCCCAUGGAAGAGACAGAUUACAAUUAGAGGACUUGUUGCAAGCUUAGCUAUUGGAAUCAUGUAUAGUGUGAUAGUGAUGAAGCUAAACCUCACAACUGGUCUAGUCCCAAACCUCAAUGUCUCGGCUGCUCUCCUUGCCUUUGUAUUUAUCAGAACAUGGACUGCACUACUUGAGAAGGCUGGAAUUGUCUCAAUUCCAUUCACUCGACAGGAGAACACUAUAAUUCAGACAUGUGCAGUUGCAUGCUAUAGCAUUUCUCUUGGAGGUGGUUUUGGAUCUUAUCUAUUGGGUUUGAAUAGGAGGACAUAUGAGCAAGCAGGGGUUGUUACAGAUGGGAAUACUCCUAACACCAAGGAGCCUGGGAUUGGUUGGAUGACUGGUUUCCUCUUUGUAAGCUGCUUUGUUGGGCUGUUGGCAUUGGUUCCUCUCAGAAAGAUCAUGAUAAUAGACUGCAAAUUACCAUAUCCAAGUGGAACUGCAACUGCUGUUCUUAUUAAUGGCUUUCAUACUCCUAAAGGAGACAAUAUAGCCAAGAAGCAGGUUCAUGGGUUCAUGAAAUUCUUUUCGAUGAGUUUCCUUUGGGGUUUCUUUCAAUGGUUCUAUUCAGCUGGAGAGACAUGCGGAUUUGCUCAGUUCCCUACAUUUGGAUUGCAAGCUUGGAAAAAUUCAUUCUACUUUGAUUUCAGUAUGACUUAUAUUGGAGCAGGAAUGAUCUGUUCCCAUCUUGUGAACUUGUCGUUGCUUUUUGGUGCUGUGCUCUCUUGGGGAAUAAUGUGGCCACUGAUAAGGGGGCUCAAAGGAGAGUGGUUCCCUGAAACUUUAUCUGAAAGCAGUAUGAAGAGUCUUAAUGGUUACAAGGUUUUUAUUUCCAUUGCAAUGAUCCUUGGGGAUGGGCUCUACAAUUUUCUCAAGAUACUAUAUUUCACCUCUAGAAACAUCCAUGGCAGAGUGAACAAGAAGGGCCCUAAAACAUGGCCAGAAAACCAGAAUCAGCCUCUUGAUGAGCUGCGACGAAAUGAGGUAUUCAUAAGAGACAGCAUACCAUUUUGGGUGGCAUGUACAGGGUAUAUACUCUUCUCCAUAGUUGCUAUCAUUGUGAUUCCACUCAUGUUCCCGGAGUUGAAGUGGUAUUUUGUAGUUGUUGCCUAUAUUCUUGCACCCUCUCUUUGCUUCUGCAAUGCUUAUGGUGCGGGUUUAACUGACAUGAACAUGGCUUAUAAUUAUGGGAAAGUGGCUCUUUUUGUGCUUGCUGCCUUGAGUGGAAAAAAUAAUGGUGCGGUUGCAGGACUUGUGGGAUGUGGUCUGAUUAAAUCCAUGGUUUCCAUCUCUUCUGAUUUGAUGCAUGAUUUAAAAACUAGCCAUCUCACACUCACUUCCCCUCGAUCAAUGCUUGUAAGCCAAGCUAUUGGGACAGCCAUAGGCUGCGUGGUAGCUCCUCUCACAUUCUUUCUUUUCUACAAGGCUUUUGAUGUUGGGAACCCAAAUGGCGAAUACAAAGCCCCUUAUGCCAUCAUUUAUCGCAACAUGGCAAUUCUAGGUGUUGAAGGCUUCUCUGCCCUGCCCCAUCAUUGCUUGCAGCUUUGUUAUGGAUUUUUUGCCUUUGCCAUGGCUGCCAACAUGCUGAGAGAUCUUACCCCUACUAACAUUGGGAAAUGGGUUCCACUUCCAAUGGCCAUGGCUGUGCCAUUCCUUGUUGGUGCUUACUUUGCAAUUGAUAUGUGUGUUGGAAGUUUGAUUGUGUUUGUAUGGCAUAAGCUAAAUAGCAAAGAGGCAAGCUUGAUGGUUCCUGCAGUUGCUUCCGGUUUGAUAUGUGGAGAUGGAUUGUGGAUUCUCCCUGCAUCAAUCCUUGCUUUGGCCAAGAUUAAUCCUCCAAUCUGCAUGAGCUUCAAAUAGCAUAUCAAGUGUUGAAGUUUAGUGCAGAGUUGUAAUCUUACAUGAAGACUGAAGUCAUAGUUUAGAGUCUUUAGACUAAUAUAGAGAUGACAUCAGACAAUAAGCCUAUUUCAAUAAUCGAGUAUUUAAGAUAUUGUUCCAACGUUGCAAUAGGAUAUGUAUAUGAGCACAAGUGCCAGGGAAGCUUUGGCAGUCUAAUGUAUACAAAGUUACAAACAAAAUGUAACUGAUCCAAGUUGGAUUUGGCUUUGUUGUAAAAGUUUCAUUUGCUGUUGGUCAAAGUUGGUUUUUGUGAGUGGAUUCUCGGAGUUUUCUUUAGGAAUCAAUGUAUCGGGUUGCAAUAA